AUGCCUGAAACAUGCAUAGAGUGCCUCAACUCCAACCAACGUAGCCAAAAUGCUAACAAAGUCGACAUCGCCUCCAUUACUGUUAGCUCGUUUCAGGACUGUGGCCAAUGGUUUUUAGAGGCUAAGAUUCUCCUACUUGGGACCAAGCAAGAGAUACAGAGAGGUGAUUACGAUAUGGCUGAUCACUCGGUGUACAAAGCUCGUGGAUUUAAUUUCAACUGUCGUUCGGAGGUUGAUGGAGGCGAAUCCAGAGCUGUUAUUCCAACUGGAGUUAGCUAUGAAAUGAGGGUUUUUGAAGAACUUUCUGAGGGUGCCAUGAGAAUUAUCGAGCAGCUGUAG